CACACAGCAGCAGAAGUAGAAACUUACCCUAUUGCGUGUAAGCGUGUGUUUGUCUGUGUGUGUGUGUGUGUGUGAGAGAGAGAGAGAGGGGUUAAUUAAGAGUGAAAGAAAUGGCAAGUUGGUACGUAAUGUUUGUGUUUGCACUUGUACUCGUCCAUGUUGUCAAUGCAAGAAACAUUCGUGAAGUGGCCAAACCUAAAGAACCUCAGACUCAGGAUCAAACUGAGGGUGUAACUGUAAACACUGAGAUUAUAACUACAGCUCCAACACCAAGCGAAGGACUUGAUGACCAAAAGAAUUUCAUUUCAUUUGGUGGGGUUGGUGGCUGGGCAGGAAUUGGUGGCUAUGCUGGUGUGUUGCCAACUUUCGGUGGCAUUGGCGGCGCCGGUGGAAUAGGUGGUGCUAGUGGAAUUGGAGGGCUUGGUGGACUUGGUGGAGCUGCUGGCGGUGGCGGCAUAGGCGGUGUUGGAGGACUUGGAGGUGGUGGUGGUCUAGGUGUUGGUGGUGGAGUUGGUGGUAUUGGUGGCAUUGGUGGUAUCAAGCCCUAGAACAUUUUAAUUUUGUUGCUUUUGUCCAAACUCUUUUUUAGUAUUGCAUGCAUGUUCAAUUCUCCUAUGUUUGCCAUGUCAAUUGUACGUCUAGUGUUUUGAAGUUUUCAAGUAUUAGUAAUACUAUUUUCCUAAGUUAGGAUAUGGUAGUACUUUGUUUAGGUUGUAAUAGGUUCAAUUUCCAAGUCAUUGGAAGUGUUGGUUUGACUUUUUUUUAAUUUAUCAUCUAUGUUUCUGACUGAAAAA